GAACGGGCACAACCAUGACAGGUCCCUUUUCUCUCAAGAAUUUAAGUAAUCGCGAGCAAACUGCUCAAGAGAACAUACGUAUACGGCAGCUGGUCGAAUUCCACAGUUACGGUGCCAGUGAGCGUCUCAAAUGGAUAGCCUUCAUCGAACAGCAUUGAACUGGGCUCACAGUUGUCACUAAGUGGCCAUGCAACGCCUCAUCCAUGCAAGGCUAUAUAUUGUGGAACCACUUCCUCCAGACAUUCACAUAGUCGAUAAUGUGUUUUAUAGAUAACCAUGCUUUGGUGCAUAAACUCUUCACUAGACUCUUCCUGACGGCGAGGCAAUUCUACAAUGCAACUGUGAUAGGCAGCUAUUAUUGCCUUCGUCUUGAAUUUAUUCGGCGUAAGUGGCCACGAAUUUGGGACUCUACAUUAGCGACGAAUAUGCAACCGCGCAAACUGGACUCCUGCAUAACAUGGCUUCAAAAAGCGGUCGCUGUCACCCCGGAGGGAUACUGGUUUUACCGUUGGAGACUUUUCGUGUUAGCGCAUUUUCUUCGAUCUCGUUCGUCAAUGAAUCAAAAUCAAGAAGAGCUCAAAGAGGCCAUCGCCCUGUUUCGCACUGUGGUCGAGUCCCUGCAGGAGACUGAUCGUUUACCAGGCCCAGGUGAAUGCCGUUAUCAGCUAAGCAAAGCUCUCCUUCUUUACUACGAGCAUUGGGGUGAUAUCGAGAGCCUUCAUUUUGGCACAAUGUAUGCUCGUCAAGCCGUGGAUUCGGUAUCUGAGCAUAAUCCCAGCUAUCCUACCUUCCUUCAGCAACUUGCAUCAUCAUUGAAGGCCCGCGCCCGCUUAACAGGUCACCGAUAUGAUCUACUCGAUUCGGUUUCCUUGAUGCGGCAUGCGGUAAAACUUGCCCCUCGGCGAGCAGAUGUGCUUUUCACGUGCGCCACCACACUGAAGGCGGCUUCCAUGUGGCUGGACGACCGUCAGUACAUCGAAGAGAUACUGGAUGUGCUAUAUAAGGGCAUGGAGAUUGACUCAGGCAGAUAUCGGGAACGGUUUCACUCUGAAUGGCUCACCGUAUUGGGUCAUACGUAUGCUUUUCGCGGAGAAGGGGACGACUUGGACCACGCCGCAUCUCUACUAACUCAAGCAGAAGCCAUGAGCACCCAAGAGCCCUGUGUUAGCCGUGCUUGGAUACUACUGCAUCGAGCGGAGGUGGAAGCCCAAAGGGGAAGGGGUGGCCUUUCUGAUGCCCUCGAUUUGGUGGGAGAUGCUAUGGAAUUAUUAGCCCCCAACCAUCGACUCCGUAUUGAAGGCGUGGCUGAUACCAUGGUGAACAUUCUAACUGGGCCAGGUGAUUCCAAAUUGCCGCUUUGGCUGCUCCAACGUAGUAUCGAUAUACUAGCUUGGGCAGCUCAGUCUCCAUCCAUCUCACCACAUGCACGUUUCAGGGCGGCCGUUUGCUGGGCAAGAUAUUGCGAGGAAGGAUUGCGCACCGAUGCCGCAGAAGCAUUUUCUAUUGCUUUAGAAUUACUACCCCGCCUGACCUCCGUAGGUCUCGACAUCGAUUCACGUCACCAGAUGCUUGCGUCUGAAGCUCUGGGUUUGGCAUCUGAUGCUGCUGCCUCUAUCAUGGCGUUUAUACCGGAAACUGGUUUAGAGAAAUCAGUCGAGAUGUUGGAAGUUGGACGAGCAGUGUUUUGGGCACAAGCGUUGCAGCUACGCACGUCUUUCGACGCCCUCGCAACGCAGGAGCCUGAUCUUGCGGACGAACUGGCUCAAGUUUCCAAGGAACUUGAAGCCAGAAGUUUUCGUAUAUUGCCGACGAAUGUCCAAGGUCGAUUCUCCGCGGAGACCUUAGCUGCGAAUGCGCAUAACCAUCAUUUAUCUCAGCGAUGGGAGGAAUUGUUGUCCAGAUGUCGAAGCGUCCCGGGAUUCGAGGACUUCCUACAGCCCAAGCGCUUUUCGGAUCUAUGUGCGUCAGCCAAUGGUGGUGCAGUGAUCAUCGUGAAUGCCAGUCGCUCUUACUGUGAUGCCUUAAUUAUAAGGUCUUCCCCACCAUCCGUAGAAUGCGUACCCUUGCCUAUCAAGUAUGCUGAAGUUGCUGAGAUGGCGGAAGCCUGGCGAUCAUUGUUGGAACAUUAUGGACGAUCCUGCCGAUCCACCAGAAGCGCUCAAGAAAGGCAGGAAUCGCAACGCGGCGGUCGAGUACGAUUACCUCCCGAAUACAAGUCUAGUAAAGAUGUGCUCGCCGCUCUUUGGUCUCGAAUAGUACAACCGAUAUUGGAAACCCUGAAUCCACCGACUACAGAGCCUCUCAUGCGCUUAUGGUGGUGUGCUACCGGCCCCUUCGCUUCCCUCCCAUUACAUGCUGCGGGAAAAUUCGAAGGCCAAGCUCAGGAGUGUUUAAUGGAUGUAGCGAUAUCGUCGUAUACUCCAACACUGACAGCACUUCUUACCGAGCCACGUAGUCCCGAUGGAGAACUACAACUUCUAGCGGUAGCACAAGAAGAGACACCGGAUAUGUCACCCUUGCCCAAUACGAAGCAAGAGCUACACUACAUACGGGAUCUAGCCACCUCAGUUAUGACUGUCAACAGUCUCACAAACAAGGCAGCCGAUGUCACAAGUGUGUCUGCCGGUAUCAGGAAAUGUAACUGGCUUCACUUGGCUUGCCAUGGUCUGCAGCCGGGUUCCAAACCCCUCAACAGCGCAUUCCUGCUCCACGAUGGAAGACUGACGCUGUCGAACAUUAUGCAAAUACCGACUCCUCACGCUCAGUUCGCGUUUCUAUCUGCCUGCGAAACCGCGUUAGGUGAUGCAGACGUGCCAGACGAAGGCAUACACCUUGCUGGAGCAAUGCUUUUCGCCGGCUUCCCCAGCGUUAUUGCGACCUCGUGGUCGAUCGAGGAUGAGGAUGGUCCGAUUGUGGCGAGAGACGUCUACGAACAUCUCCUGAAGGGUGGGAAGCCUGAUGCGUCUGAAGCUGCUUUAGCAUUGCAUAAUGCUGUUUGCAAACUCCGUGCCCAGGGUGCAUCUGUCCUACGAUGGGCUCCGUUCAUACACCUCGGUCGUUGAAUUGCUCUGUAGAUAUUCUUCGUGUGGAGUGGUAUCCGGAUAGCAAUCAUGUAAGUCUGCAUAGUACAAUUACAUACAAUUUGCGUGGGCAAACUAAUACAGCCUAUCGAGAGUCGAUCCUUAGUGAAGUAUGGGUGAAGUCGAAGAGUCUAGACAAAUCGGCGUCGCCGAAUCCAAGGAAGUCCAAAUGUUUAACGUCUGCUGGCGAAGGACGCAACUUAUGUAUCGCAUAGUUGGAAAAGGCGGCAUUGUGAAAUGCAAGGAAGAGAUACAAAUUUGAAAGAUCAGUCCUUGUUUGCAAAGUCAUAGUUUCCGCUAAAUCAAAUACUUAGGACUCGAAAUCUGGUCGUUUGAUACUUGAAAAAAGUGAAAGUCGGUUUUAUACUUGGGCUGACUCGGAAUGGCUUUUGAGUUACCUGCUACGCCAUAAUUACAACCGCGUCCUCAC